GUCUCGCGGCCAUCAACCCCACGGAACCCACAUCCAUCAGCCCCGUAUAUCCAAUGCCAUCCAUGUGAUGAGAUAUAUCCAUGUUAUCCGACAACGACAGGAGUGUCUGGCAACUUCAGCUGAUUCGACCAGCAUGACCAUGGACCAGACAGAACCAACACUUCCGCGUCCUGGUCAUGACGAGAGAGAGCCAAUGACGGCACACAACCUCCUUCGGCACCGCAGCUCCCUGGCGUCAUGCACCCUCACCUCAACUAGAGCAUUCCGCUCUCGGCCGGAUAAGAUCGUCAAAUCUGGCAAGGUGAUCGAAGAUCCUAUACGCCUGUUUGGACGAUUUGUCUCGGCUGUAAUUUCUGAUGCUUUGGAGGACAUCCAACCCCUAUUAGGUGAGUCGAAAGCUAUUAUUCUGAUUAUUCAGGAAAUACUUGUACGGGAUUUAUGCUUGAAGGCACCGACUAUUGCUCAAUUUCUCGCCCAAGAAAUCCUCAAACACUCUGGGGAUGACUCUGAACCUGAAGUUCAGGGCUCCCAAGAACGUGGGUCAGGCAUUAACCCUAAAAGACUAUCAAGGAGAAGGAAGCAAUUAGACCCCACUUAUCGGCUUCCGAAGUCCUCCAGGGCGCGGGUGGAUAUUUGCAAAGACGGAGCCGAAGAUUUAUAUGGAGCUUCCGGCGACUUCCUAGUUAGUAAUGACCCGGUUACAUAUCGAACCGGUUACGACGAGAUAACUAUUAACCAAAGCAGCAAUAGUCUCAUGAUAGAGAAACCCCUUCUAAAAUACGAGGGAGACCUUUCGGAGAUCGCCGUCAAGGAACUUCCCCAAGAAGGAGUACAAGGCCAGUCUUCUGCCUAUGGCCACUCAGUAUCGUCCAUGGAUAGCGAGUCACAGCUGUAUUAGCUAAAGGCUAUAUAUAAUAGCGAUAAUGCAAACAGGAAUUCCAUCUACAGACAACUAUCGGUGGCCAUCGACAAGUCGGCCAAAGGUAGUCAAACUAUAGUCAACCCUCCCUUGCCAAACAAGACAGAAUAACAAGAGAUAACCUUGCCAAAAAUCGAUAGCAAAGCAUCCGAC